UGAGAUAGAGAGGCAGAGAGAGAAGGAGGGCUUCUGCUCCACUGAGGGAUUCCCAAUCCUUUCUGCAUGGAAUCAUGACGAAGCUCACUACAGGACAGGACUGAGACUCCAUACCUUUCCUGCUUGGAUAAAAACUUCACAAAAAAAGGAUUUACUGUAUAUGAUGGGUUUUGUUUGAAGAGCUGUGUGAACAUUUGUGGAUUUUGUACACCGAAGUUGGAUUUAAGGGCUCAUCAAGGAGUUGAGGAGUCAUGGAAGGUGUUUUACCAAGGAACAGCACCAUCUGUUGCUGAAGGUUUCCACUGAAUGUUAGAGAUUCAGCAUGUAACCGAGGUAGACGAGUCCCUUCACGUGUGGGAACAGUCCGACAUUAUAAUGGGGAAUUCGUACGCGGGGCAGCUGAAGUCUGCUCGUUUUGAGGAGGCUCUCCACAACUCGAUCGAAGCGUCUCUGCGCUCCAGCAGCGGAGAUCCACAGCCCAUCUUUACACAGCUCUACUUGGAGCCGGAACCAUAUCCAGUAAACAUGGAAGCAGAUGUAAAGUCAAAAGAUGACAUGGCACUCCAUGGUGAGGUGGGUCAUGACCUCCUGAACGGUCACUCCUCCAACGAUCUGGAUGAGCUGGUGGACGAGGAGGACUCUGACAGCAGCAGCCCCCCACUUCCCUACUUGCAAACUCCUGCGCCUGAUGGCUGCUGCACACUCGAUGGUAUCAUCUCAACAGGAUUCUGCCAGGCUGGAAAGGACCUCCGUCUGGUUACCAUAGCAGCAGAACCCAUCGAAGUCCCAGCAGGCUUUGAGCUGGUCGGCGCAAAGUCUCCCAGCAUCCCAGAGCACAUCCUAGUGUGUGCUGUGGACCGUCGCUUUUUGCCAGACGAGAACGGGAAAAAUGCACUUUUAGGUUUUUCAGGAAACUGUGUGGGCUGUGGGGAAAAGGGUUUCAGAUACUUCACUGAGUUUUCAAAUCACAUCAAUCUGAAGUUAUCCACCCAACCCAAGAAGCAGAAGCACUUAAAAUACUACCUGGUGAAGAACUCCCAUGGUGCUCUGUGCAAAGGACCCCUCAUUUGCUGGAAAGAUAGUAAAACCCGCCAGCUGUCCAGCGGCGCCUCGACCUCCAAACCCAGUUCAUCGUCGUCCCUGAGCAGCAAAGAAAAUGGUGGAACCAGCUCGUCCCCCUUUUCUCUCUCAGAUUCUCCACCCACCCGGAUGGCACAAGCGUCCUCCGUCUUUUUUGGCAGUCAAGAUCUUGGAAGGGACUGUAGUUUCCUCAAACCUCUGGCCUCCACUCCUGGGAACAAGACUCUGCCAAUAGUUCCCACAGCUCUUAGGGUGAAUGGACCAACGAACGGCCUAGGUGUUGAUGUGCACUCAUCGUUACUGAGCUCACCCCAAGUCUCCUUGGUUCCUCAGGCGCAGGGCUAUCGCACUCCUGAUUUAGGAGACAGUCCUGUAUCUUCAGCUAUGAACUCCGGUCCCCCGAAGAAGCGCCAUCGCAGCUGGCAUCCCAGUGCCCUGGUCCCAGUCCCACCAACGGCUGUCCCUGUGCCGGCCAUCCGCCCAAUAGUUGGCUCUCCAGGUUCUGUAUUAGCAGUGCCCUCCCCUCCUCCCCUGGUAGCUGGUGUCAUUCAGCCCCAGCCUGUCACAGCUGGAGAAACAGUCAUCGUCCCUGAAAACCUGCUCAACUCUUCAGGAGUUCGCCCCGUCAUUCUCAUUGGGCAUGGCACUUUACCCUAUUUCUAUGGGAACGUUGGCAAUAUAGUGGUGAGCCCCCUGCUGGUCAGCCUUUAUAAGUGCAACCAGGUAACAGAGGAAAACCUGGAGACUCUGGGUCUCCACAGCAGUCAGAUGCUCAGUGUGGAGAUGAUGAUCCUGCUCACUUUACAGUACCUUGCACGUUUGGCUUCUAACCAGAUUCCUCUGAGGGAGGAGCUGGAGCAUAUAGUUUUAAAGGCCAUGCAAUGCUGUCCCGGGGGUCCCACUAUCUCUCCAUCCCAACUUCCAUGGCUUGCUCGACUGGAAGCCAGUGUCUCCGGGGGCAGCGUACAGGUGGUCGUCACCCACAACUCUUUGGGGGAGGGCAUCUCUGAGUCCCUUCGUUCUCUCUGUGAGGGUCCUCAGCAUCAGCAGCGCCUGCCCACCUACGUCAUCAUCAUAUGUGCCUCGAAAAUGAACGGCAACGAGUUCUGUGUGCUUGUUCUGGGGAAGUACCAAGCACGCGCCUUAGCUGAAGGCAUGCUGACAACCAACGAGUUUCUGAAAGAGAUCAGCUACGAACUCAUAACUGGAAAAGUCAGCGUCUUGGCAUCUCAUUUCAAAACCACCUCUCUUGGGGACAAUCUUGACAAGCAGCUCAUACGAUAUCAGCGCAGACGGAAAGGACAGGUCAUCCUGCCCUUCCAGGGCGAUGUCACUGACAACAUCCACUCCCAGGAGCCUGCCAGCAUGUCGCCACCACCAGACACAGCAGAGGUCCUAAACAGGCUCUUCCAGAUCUACCCGGCCCAGCUGACGGUGGCUCGAAGUCUUCUCUCCCAAGUUUGCUCCAUCGCUGAUUCAGGAACCCAGAACUUAGACUUAGGUCGCUUUUGUAAAGUGGACUUUCUGGUUCUGGUUCCUCCAUCUCAUGUUUUGGUGCACCAGACGGCACAACGCAUCAGACAAUCAGGAGUCCUUGUGGAUCUGGGAAACGAAGAUGCAUACACAGCCCACCAGAAAUCAGAGAAGUACGUGGUGCGUCUGGACGCUGAUGUUCACACCAAGAUGGAGGCCUUCAUGAAGAAAGUCAAGCAAAACCCCUACACCCUAUUCGUCCUUAUUCAUGAUAACUCUCACGUCGACCUGACAAGUGCCCUGUCAGGCUCUGUUUGCCACGGGGAGCUGCAGGGUCUGGCUGACCGGGUAGUGAACUGCCAGGAGGUUUUGGAAGCCAUGAACCUCCUGGUCCUUCAGGUCAGCUGCUUCCCUUACACCCUGCAAACUCAUCAAUCCCGCAUCAGCAUCCACAAUGAAAUUCACUGGCCGUCGAGUGAAAACAUGCAGAGGGACCAGUCCCAUAAUGAGUUGGUCUACUUUGGCCUGAGAAACUACAGCUGCUCCCUGCAGUGGGGCGUAGCCAGUCCCAUCCUGCGCUGUGAUGAUGCGUUUGAGAAGAUGGUUCAUACUCUCUUAGAAAGACAUCCCCACCUGCACAGCAUGGUGAUCCGCAGCUAUCUGCUGAUCCAGCAGUACACCGAGGCCAUGAUGGCCCUGACCUCUUCCCCGUCCCUAAGGGAUCACAUCACACCCGAGACCCUUGCGAUGGUUGAGGACCUAAUAAACGCUCCGAGUCGAGAGGGCUCCCAGGGCCGCGGCCACAUGCUGCUGGUACGCGUCCCCUCGCUGCAGCUUGCGAUGUUGGCCCGAGAGAGACUGGAGGAUGUGAGGGACAAGCUGGGGUUGCAGCUGUGCUUCGCUGUACUGCUGGGAAGUCCAGCAUCUGAACUCAGCCUUUCCAGAAACUUCAUCAACAUCCUGAGGGCGUGGAGAGGCUGUGAAAAUGAAGAAUGGGUGCCACACACAUAUGAGGAUCUAGAGGGGCUACCCUGCAUAGUCAUCCUCACAGGGAAAGACCCUCUUGGAGAGACCUUCCCCCGGUCUCUGAAGUACACAGACCUGCGUCUGAUAGACUCCAGCUACCUGACGCGCACCGCCCUGGAGCAGGAGGUGGGUCUGGCCUGCACCUAUGUCUCGAUGGAUGUGGGCCAGGAUUCUAGGACCUCUAUGGCUCCUCGGGAAUCUGAUGGAGAGAAGACGAAUAUCAGUCUGAAUGACGGGGAUGAGCUGGAAAGACCUCAGAGCAACGGCAGCGCUGCAACCAGAGCCUCUGGCUCCCUGGUUGAGAAUGGUGUCAGUUCAUCUGACUUGGCCGACUCCUUCCAGAAGGCCUCCACAUCCACCUCCCAACCCGAAGGCCUCCUCACCUCAGACAUGGCCACCCUAACCGACGGUUUCAAGCAGGAGUGCGACUCUCUGGGAAGCCAGCUCUCCUCCAACUCACUCAAAGUCCCCAACGCACCUCCCUCUCAUUACUCCAGCUCCUCAUCUUCCUCCCCCUCCCCAUCCUCCUCUUCCACACAGAGGCCCAGCCAGUCCACGCAGUCAGGACGAACCUCCAAGCCCUCCAGGGUGUCACCGCGAACUGUCAUCCUAUCACGGGCAGCUUACAACCUCCUGUCAGGGGAAUCUGGGAGUCAUCUGAGCUCCUUCUCUCUGCUGCCACAUGCAGACGUGUCCUGGAGCAGUCCACUGAGGCCCCCCAUCACACACAACCUGCAGGGGGCAGAGCAGAGCCUGUACUACCGGCAGUGGACUGUUGCCAGGCAGCAUCAUGCUGAUUAUGAAGCACCACCUGUGCCCCAUCCAAGGCGCCUGCUCCUCAGCGGACCCCCACAAGUUGGAAAAACUGGUGCUUACCUGCAGUUUCUACGCAUCCUGUUCCGUAUGCUCAUUAGGCUGCUGGAGGUAGACGUCUAUGAUGACGAAGAAGAUGAGGAGGAUGAAACUACAGAUGUCACAACCCAAGCAAGCACACAUUGGCCCGACAUCGAAGACAUUCGAAAGCUGCCCUUUGACCCCAAUCCCAGGGAUCCUAAAUUCAGGAAGGCCAGCCCUGUUUAUUCUGACAAGAUGCCAAAGUUCUUUAAAGAGCUCAAGAAAGAAGGAGAGAACCAAACACAAGGCAAGAGAGCGACAAAGUCAAUACGCCUGAGUAGGUUUGCUGCCCAUAAUGCCUUUCACCAUUGUGAGCAGUGUCAUCAGUACUGCGAGGCGGUUCCUACUACACAGUUGUCGGAGUGCUCCUUACAUGCUUUCACCUUCUGCUCGUCCAUGCUGGGAGAGGAAGUCCAGCUCCAGUUUUUCAUUCCUAAAGCCAAGGAGCAGCACUUUGUAUUCAGCCAUCAGGGCAGUCAUCUGGAGAGUUUACGACUGCCUCUGGUCUCCACCAAGGACCCUGAGCUUUUGAAGAGUCCAAUCUUCACCCCAACCACAGGACGCCAAGAGCACGGCCUGCUGAACCUUUUCCACGCCAUGGAGGGCGCCGCUCAUCUGCACAUCCUUGUAGUUAAGCAGUUUGAAAUGCCCCACUACAGGAAGUACUGGCCCAACCACAUCCUGCUCGUCCUGCCGGCGACGUUCAACAACGCUGGAGUUGGUGCUGCUCGCUUCAUGAUCAAAGAGCUGUCGUACCAUAACCUAGAGCUGGAGAGAAACCGCCUGGAGGAGCAAGGCAUCAAGAGACAAGACGUAUGGCCUUUCAUUGUCAUGAUGGACGACUCCUGCGUGCUGUGGAACAGCCACCAGCCGGCAGAUGGAAGUGAAUCAUCUGACGGAAGCUCAACCCUCACCAACGUGUCUCUGAAAGCAGUGCUGCAGCACAUGGAGAACACACCCAAGAUCUCCCUGUAUGCCAUGUGCGGCAUCCGUAAGUGGAGCAGCACCCUGGCUCGCAGGCCUCCCCGUAACCCCUUCAGUCGCUGUCACCUCCAUGACUUUGUCCUCCUGAACGUGGACCUGACACAGAACGUUCAGUAUGACCUUAAUCGGUAUGGCUGCGAAGAGGUGGACUUUAAUCUGAGGGUGAACAGCAGCGGCUUGCUGAUGUGCUGCUUCAACAACUUCUCCCUGAUGAAGAAACACAUUCCAGUUGGUGGGAACAAAGAUUUUGUUGUUAAACCAAAGCUGGUGGAAAUCGAAAACAAGGCUUCAAUCAGCCCGUCUCAGUAUGUUUGUGCCCCAGACAGCGAGCAGACCCUGUUGGACGCCCCGGCCCAGUUCCUGCUGGAAAGCUUCCUGCAGAGCUGCAGCCACAGAUUAUUUCCUAAGGCCGUACAGAACAGAAAUAACCCAGUUCUGUCCAUCGAUAGUUACCUCAACCUCAGUCCAGAGAUUUCUGUGUGCUACAUAAACUCUCGCCCACACUCCACCAACCUCAACCAUCAGGGUCUGGUGUUCAGCGGCCUGCUGCUCUACCUCUGUGACUCCUUUGUCGUCUCCGGACUCCUCAAGAAGUUCCGCUUUCUGAAAGGUGCCACCCUCUGUGUGAUCUGUCAGGACCGGAGCUCUCUGCGUCAGACCAUCGUCCGGCUGGAGCUGGAGGACGAGUGGCAGUUCCGUUUGCGGGACGAGUUCCAGACGGCCAACUGCAGUGAGGAUCGGCCCCUCUACUUCCUGACUGGCCGCCAUGUUUGAACCCAUGGGUGUUCAGUAGUUUUGCAGCUGGGAUAACCCAGUCCCAUGUAGGAGUGGUGUUAGAUCUCCUUAACAACAGUUUGUUUGAUUCUUGAUCGUUGACUCGUCUCCAGUUGAGCUUGUUUUUACCAAAAGGAAAACUGUUGCCGGGGGAAAAAAAAAAAAAGGCUCUAUUGAACCUUUGUUUGUUUUUGGCCAAAAUGGAUCCAACACUUGACUGUUGCAGGAUCCAUGAACUUUGAAUCCAGUAUGUCCACAUCGGGACAUACAUUUUCUUUUUAACUCAGGGUUUCAAAUUGAGGGAGAUCUAAGGGAUUUAAGGCGUUACGUUUUCUUCUCCCUGUGCAUUAACUUAUGUUGGCACCAAAGACUCAGCUGCACCUUGCCUUCUCCAUUUGCUUUCCAGCUCAGCCUCUGAAACUCCAAGAAGCUCAUCAGUGCUCUACAGCGUAAUAAUAUAACCACUAAGGUUAUCUAACAAGCAGUUUCCAUCUUCAGAUGUAGCUGAUUCUCUUCCUCUACUGGGAAUUAAAGAGUCGGGGACUAUUGAUUUAUCAGAUGUAAUUUCUCUACUUUGCCUCUAAAGCAUGAACAUGGCAUCAACAAUCAAAGAAGAAGCAGAGAGAGGAUUUUGCUUUCUACAUGACUGAAUUUCUAUCACAGCUAAGGAAGUUUACAAGCUGUGAUGUUGAAAGAAUGUAGAUUCCAUCCGUUAUUUAAAAUCCAGAUGUUUUUUUUAACCCCUGCCAAUGUGGUAAUGCCAAUCAGAAAGAGCAGCCCAUGUUUUAGAAUAAACUAUGAACAUUUGCUGACUAAAAUCCUGAACAGUCAGACAGAUAAAAUGUCAUAAUCAAGCUUCAUCACUGCCAUUUGUCAUGCUGCUGACUGUGCCUAGGACUUUGGAUCCUGUUGUGUUCUGAGGGAGCUCGUACGUUUGCUAUUUGUGUAGCUUAAACUGUUUUCCCACACAAUUGAUAGGAAGGGUAAUUAAAGUAAGAUGACACACAGGUGAAAAGGCAUACUUGAAAAGUGUUUUGUAUUUUUUAUUUUUUUUUUCUCAUUUUCCACAGGGUUGUUAAAAGAAAAUGCCUUAAUUAUGUUUGACACAGACACAAAUACUGUCAUAACAACCAAUCAGAAUGAAGAAAAAAAAUGACACGACAAAGAAAUGUUUGAGUAAAAUUAGAAGGAAUAAUUUGAAUUUAUUCUUCUGUACUGUUGAAAUCUUUGUUUACAUUACUAAUAUAUUAUGCCAUCCCCUUCCCCACUGACGGUUGAUGUUAUGUUUUAGCCUUGUGUUACUCAGUAUAGUUUUGGUUGCGUCUUUCUGCAUUUUAUGCUUCAAAAAGGCAAGAAGAAAUCUACCUAGAUCUAUGAAAAUAUGUUUGUAUCCCUUUUUGUCCGCGUGUUGAAGUUUCAUUGAUAAAUGAAAUGUAGUUCUAUUGGGGAGUUUUUUAUUUAUUUGAUAAGUAUUUUGGACUGAUAAUCAUGGUAAAGUUAGAUAUUUGAUUGCAUGCUGAGGUGGGGGGACUUCCCACCUCAAGAACAUCUAUGAAGGCUUUGCACAGGAACCCAAAUGGAUGUUAUUUCAGAUCUAUUGAAUGUCAUUAAGGGGUCGGAGAUGUGAACUUGCACUAUUCAAGUUACUUGUUAAUAUACAACUCCCUCCCCCUCAUAAUUAUUCCAUAAGACUUGGUCUAUUCAAUUGGUUUCUUUUUUAAUAAUUUAAUACUUAAUAUGCAACUUGCUCUCACAAUCUUCACUGAAAUGUGUCUCGAUGUCUUUUGCAGCUCGGUGGUAGCCUUGGUGCCUGAUUGAUCUACCUCAUGUUUACCAUUGUGAUUGCUGGCUGUGAAUAAUAUAACAGUAGAGUCCUAUUGUUGAAAAAAACAUGAAUGUAAUAAAAAUGACUUCUGAG